AUGGCGACGAUAGACGUUCGGUACCCUGCUUGGUGCCAGGAUGACGAAGUUCCGGUAACACAGGUGGAGCUAAAAGACAUCUUUGCGGAUUUGACCGCUAAAUUUGGCUUCCAGCAAUCGUCAAAGGAGAACAUGUUCCAUCAUCUUUUGUCGCAAUUGGACUCUCGAGCCAGUAGAUCUUGUGCGCCAAACGCCCUUGUAUCGCUCCAUGCGUCUUAUAUAGGGGGCGACGAAGCAAAUUUCAAGAAAUGGUAUUUUGCCGCGCAGCUCGAUCUCGACGAAGAGGUAGGAUUCCAGAACAUGAAGCUACAUGGAAAGGCUCGCAAACAUAACAAGGAGCUUGCAAAAAAGCGUGGCGUGUCGACUGACGAGCACCUUCGAAAAUGGAAAGAAGAAGAAGAGGAGUUUAUCAAAAACCAUCCUAACGUAUCGAAUAUUGUGCCGACAAAGUUCAAAGAAGACUUGAACUAUAAGAUCACGGGCUUGAAAUGGAAGAUGAAAAUGCGUGCAUUGGAGCCAGCACAGAUGGCUCGUCAGUUGGCACUAUACUUUUUGUGCUGGGGCGAAGCAAAUCAAAUACGGUAUACUCCAGAAUGCUUGUGUUUUAUUUUUAAAUGCGCCCUGGAUCAUGAUUGUAGCACCGAAGACGUUUGCCAGAAGCCCAGGCCCGAAUACUUUUAUCUCAAUGAAAUCAUCACUCCAUUAUACCGCUUUUUACGGUCUCAGGUGUACGAAGUUGAGUCAAAAAAUGGUAAAUUAACCAGACUUGAAAAAGAUCAUAAGGACAUAAUAGGGUAUGAUGAUGUUAACCAGCUGUUUUGGUAUCCAGAAGGCAUCGAAAGACUUGUUCUUGAGUCAGGAGAACGGCUUAUCGACAAGCCACGACAUGAAAGAUUCAAUGCCCUGAAAGAUGUUCAAUGGCCUAAGGCCUUUUACAAGACUUACAAAGAAACAAGAACAUGGAUGCAUUGCGCGACGAACUUCAAUAGGAUCUGGAUUAUCCACCUUUCGACUUUUUGGUUUUUCACCUCUUUCAAUGCACCAACCCUUUACACAAAGGACUACGUCCAGUUGCUCGACAAUCCUCCAACACAGCAAGCCCGGCUAUCAGCGAUGGCUUUAGGCGGAACCGUUACUUGCGUCAUCCAGAUAAUGGCCACAAUUUUUGAAUGGACCUUCGUGCCACGCAAAUGGCCCGGUGGUCAACAUUUGACUAAAAGAAUGUUAGGACUGGUGUUCUGUUUGGUUGUGAAUAUCGCACCUUCCAUAUACGUUUUUGGGUUCUUUGACCUGGACGUUCAUUCAGGCCAUGCUUACGUCGUCUCGAUACUCCAGCUUACCAUCGCCAUUCUGACCACUUUAUUCUUCGCGAUAAGGCCUUUGGGGGGGAUUUUUGGUUCUUAUUUACACAAAGGGCAAAAGAAAAGGCGUUUCACCUCUUCACAAGUUUUCACUGCUCAAUUUCCAAAGCUGACAGGCCGCAGCAAAUGGUUUUCUUGGGGGUUAUGGGUAUUCGUCUUUGUUGGCAAAUUCAUAGAGUCGUAUUUCUUUCUCACGCUAUCCCUACGGGACCCCAUACGCGUCUUAUCCAUAAUGGAUAUGAGCAGAUGCAGAGGAGAUACAUUGGUUGGCACACAUAUUUGCCGGCUCCAACCAAAAAUUACACUUGGCAUUAUGAUUUUGACCGAUUUGGUGCUCUUUUUCCUUGAUACUUAUCUGUGGUACAUCAUCUGCAACUGUAUCUUCUCUAUUAUCCUGUCGUUCUCACUGGGCACCUCAAUUCUCACUCCCUGGAAGAAUAUUUACUCAAGACUUCCGAAGCGAAUUCAUUCCAAGAUUUUGGCAACUUCAGAGAUGGAUGUUAAAUACAAACCCAAAAUUCUGGUUUCGCAAGUUUGGAAUGCUAUCGUAAUUUCGAUGUACAGAGAACACUUGCUGUCAAUUGAGCAUGUCCAAAGGCUUCUUUACCAGCAGGUUGAUUCAAUGACGCAUGAUAAGCGAGCUUUAAAGUCGCCAACGUUUUUUGUAGCACAAGACGACUCCACUUUCAAAUCUAUGGAAUUUUUCCCGGAGAAUUCCGAAGCGGAACGCCGCAUAUCGUUCUUUGCGCAAUCCCUUUCUACACCCAUAGCAGAGCCGAUGCCUGUAGAGUGUAUGCCCACUUUCACCGUUUUAGUUCCACAUUACUCCGAAAAGAUUUUGUUGUCUUUGAAGGAAAUCAUAAAAGAAGAAUCAACAAAAUCGCGUAUCACUCUACUUGAAUAUCUUAAACACCUUCAUCCAACAGAGUGGGAGUGUUUUGUUCGGGACACUAAGCUGUUGUCCCUAGAAGUUGAUUCGGACCACGAUGACCCAGAUCAAGACUUGGAGUCGCUAAAAGAAAGCCACGACGAUUCCACUAAAGAUGCAAAUGACAGAUUCAAAUUCAUGCAGAGUAAAAUUAGGGACUUGCCUUAUUAUUGCAUGGGAUUCAGUAAAUCUAAUCCGCAAUAUACCUUGCGGACUAGGAUUUGGGCAUCUUUGAGAUUUCAGACGCUAUACAGAACAAUUACAGGAUUCAUGAACUACUCUAAGGCAAUAAAGCUGUUGUACAGAAUUGAAAAUCCCUCGAUGGUUCAAGCUUUCUUCACUAAUUAUGGUGAUAUGGAACGAGAACUGGAGAAUCUUUCCAGAAGAAAGUUUAGAAUGGUUGUUGCUAUGCAACGGUACUCAAGGUUUGAUAAGGAUGAGAUGGAUGCUACAAACUUGCUUUUACAAGCUUAUCCCGACAUGUGCAUUUCUUAUUUAGAGGAGAACGCAGUAUCAAAUGGCGAGCCAAUAUAUUACUCUUGUUUGAUUGACGGACAUUGUCAAAUCGACACAGUCAGCGGUGCAAGGAUCCCAAACUUCAGAGUUCGGCUAUCAGGAAAUCCAAUACUUGGUGAUGGGAAGUCAGACAAUCAGAAUCACUCGUUGAUUUUCUACCGUGGAGAAUACAUUCAAGUUAUUGAUGCCAACCAAGACAACUAUCUCGAAGAAUGUUUGAAAAUAAGAUCGCUGCUAAGUGAGUUUGAGGAGCUCGACAUCGAAGACGAAAACCCAUAUAUGUCUGAUAUCGAUGACAAGGAAAAAAGCGCACCCGUUGCAAUUGUGGGAGCUCGAGAGUAUAUUUUCUCAGAGAAUAUUGGUGUACUAGGCGAUGUGGCGGCGGGAAAAGAGCAGACAUUUGGCACGCUUUUUGCGAGAACACUUGCGGAGAUUGGAGGUAAAUUGCACUACGGUCAUCCUGAUUUUCUUAACGCGAUCUUCAUGACGACAAGAGGAGGGAUUUCGAAAGCUCAAAAGGGGCUUCAUUUGAAUGAGGAUAUUUACGCCGGGAUGAACGCAGUAUGCCGUGGAGGUCGAAUAAAACAUAGUGAUUAUUACCAAUGCGGUAAGGGACGAGAUUUGGGAUUUGAAUCUAUACUGAAUUUCACAACCAAAAUCGGUGCUGGUAUGGGAGAGCAGUUGCUUUCAAGAGAAUAUUUUUAUCUUGGAACCCAACUCCCGAUUGAUCGCUUUCUUUCCUUUUUCUAUGCACACGCAGGAUUUCACCUUAACAACUUGUUCAUUACGCUGUCUGUUCAAAUCUUUUUUGUUCUUCUUAUUAAUUUGGGAGCUCUUAAUCAUGAAACCAUAGCAUGUUCCUACAACAGAGACCUACCUAUAACUGAUCUGCAACAUCCGAUUGGAUGCUACAAUAUUGAGCCCGUACUCCAUUGGGUGUCAAUUUUCGUUCUCUCCAUCUUCAUUGUUUUCUUCAUUGCCUUCGCUCCACUACUGAUUCAGGAGUUGCUUGAAAGGGGCGUUUGGAGAGCCAUCUCACGGUUUUUACAUCAUUUGCUGUCACUGGCAUCGUUUUUUGAGGUGUUUGUUUGCCAAAUAUAUGCGAGUGCUCUUCUCACAAACGUCACGUUUGGUGGAGCCAGAUAUAUUUCCUCUGGUAGAGGGUUUGCCAUAACCAGACUAGACUUUUCUCAACUUUACUCCAAGUUUGCAUCAACCUCAAUCUACUCUGGAGCCAAAAUCUUUUUGAUGUUGAUAUUUGCCACAAUAUCCAUGUGGCAGCCAGCUUUACUUUGGUUUUGGAUCACGGUGAUUUCCAUGUGUCUUGCGCCAUUUCUCUUCAAUCCAAACCAGUUUACCUUUACGGAUUUUUUCGUAGAUUACAGGAAUUUCAUUCAGUGGCUCUCCCGUGGCAACACCACAUUCGAUUCAGGUUCUUGGAUAGAGUACGUCAGAAAUUCGAGGGCAAGAUUCACGGGAUUUAAAACCAAACUGAUCGAUGACAUCUCUGAAAAGAGUGGUAAAGAGACGAAAAGGGCGACGCUUGCUGAUAUUUUUGUUGCAGAGAUUUUAAUCCCGGCGGGCGCCACUGCUCUCAGUCUAACUGCUUACACUUUCAGCAAUGCACAGACAGGUGUAACAUCGGCCAGACCAACAGCAGCGAUUGUUCGGCUCGGGAUCGUUACAUUCUUCCCCAUCGUCGCAAACAUAACGAUGCUGCUCAUAUGCUUCUCCCUUUCAUGUUUUGCUGCUCCACUUUUAUCCUUGUGCUGCAAAAAGACGGGCGCAACAAUAGCCGCCUUAGUGCACGCUUUUUCGGUUAUAGUUCACCUGGUAAACUUCGAGCUCAUGUGGUUGCUUGAAGGAUGGAGUUUUGCUCGUGCACUUCUCCUUCUGAUAGCCUUUAUCAACUUUCAAGAGCUGUUGUUCAAAGUGUUUACAGUACUUUUCUUGACGAGGGAGUACAAGAACAAUAAGUCCCAUUUGGCCUGGUGGUCUGGAAAAUGGUACAACACGGGCAUGGGUUGGUCGGUAGUGCUGCAGCCUACACGUGAGCUAUUUGUGAAAAGUAUCGAAUGCAGUCUUUUCGCCAGCGAUUUUAUUUUGGGGCAUAUGCUUAUGUUCGUCCAGCUCCCGUUAGUGUGCACACCAUUCGUCAAUCACUGGCACUCGGUGAUCCUGUUCUGGAUGAAGCCAAAAAGUCUAGUCUCCAACAAGCUAGCAUAUACCAAGAAACAGAAACGAAAGAGAAGUCGCAUAGUGCGGAAAUACUUUUUACUCCAUUUUUCGAUGUUGCUGAUUUUCCUCGGACUAUUGGUGAGUCCAUUUUUUGUCUCGCGGUAUAUGCCUGAAGGACCUGAAUUUUUCCGAGAGACACACCUGGAGGGUCUUUUCCAGCCUUAUGGCCAGGACAAUAAUGAUACGGGAUCAAGGGCGCCAGCAAAUAUUCUCACCACUUCACCCCCGAUGCCAGUGUUCAAGACCGUUGCAUAA